CGUCGUGCGAUAGCGCCAACCCUCAGUGGGUCGAAAAGCACCGAGCUAGCGCCAUCCCAAACUUCACUAGGGGUCUUCUAUGAACACAACCUUUCAAAACAUGCACCGCUCGGAAAGAAUAUAUAAAUUGGGAUUUCCCUUUCAGUCGGCAUGAAGAGGCCAUUUGAUGUGCACGUGUUUGACGGACUGCAACCCACAGCAUACUUAGUAGCGCUCUACGGCAUCCUUCCCGUCACCAUCCGGUCGUGGGUCCCGGGAUUCAAUCCACGCCACUCCACGUUAUGUUACUGUGUGUGCGUGCAAGCCGUAGUGCUAUGGCGUAUCCGCCAAGCGUACGUGACUCGUCUGCCCAGUGUCCAGGAACUGGCAGAAGAUGCAGUGCGCCUGCGGGACUGGACCGUCAAAUUCGUCGCUGCGCACUCUAUGGUUCAUCUAACAGGCAAGUUCGACAUGAUGAGGUAGGCAAC